AUGAGAAUCUGGAAUAACACAAAUGUGCCCUACUUCAUCCUUGUGGGAUUGACAGAUUCUGGAGGGAUCCAGCUGGUCCUCUCUCUGCUCUUUCUCCUCAUCUACCUGACUACUGUGCUGGGGAACCUGGGUAUGAUAUUGAUCAUUUGGCUGGAUCACCAGCUUCACACACCUAUGUAUUUUUUUCUCACUCACCUUUCUUUCCUUGACCUAUGUUAUUCAAAUGUCAUCACUCCUAAAACGUUAGCGAACUUGCUGACUUCCUCCAAGAGCAUUUCCUUCGUGGGCUGCUUCACACAGAUGUUCUUUUUCGUUCUGCUUGUUGCUACAGAAUGUUUUCUCCUUUCCUCCAUGGCAUAUGAUCGCUACAUUGCUAUCUGCAACCCUUUGCACUACCCAGUGAUUAUGUCACCAAGACUCUGCCGAGUCCUGCUCACUGGGUCCUACAUGGUUGGCUUUAUGGAUUCCAUUGUCAACAACCUUUGCAUUAGCAGACUACAUUUCUGCAAAUCCAACAUAAUCCAUCACUUUUUCUGUGAUACAUCCCCUAUUUUAGUCCUGUCCUGCAAUGAUACCUACGAUGUUGAGAUGAUGAUAAUGUUUCUUGCUGGUACCACAUUCAUAGUCUCACUUAUCAUAAUAGGUAUGUCUUAUGUGUUCAUUCUGUCGACUAUUCUGAAAAUCACUUCCACUUCAGGAAAGCAGAAAGCCUUUUCCACCUGUGCCUCCCAUCUGCUGGGGGUCACUGUUUUUUAUGGCAGUAUGAUCUUUACUUAUUUAAAACCCAAGAAGUCUUACUCCCUGGGAAAGGAUCAAGUGGCUUCUGUGUUUUAUACUAUUGUGAUUCCCAUGCUGAACCCACUCAUUUACAGUCUGAGAAACAAAGAAGUGAAAAAUGCUUUCAUUCGGGUUAUGCAGAAGAAAGAGAGUUUCAGGAGAUUAAAGUAA